AUGGCGCUGUGUAGCUCGACAAUGGCUCUAACAUUCCUCCAAUUCAAAACCUCUAUUAUCUCUCCUACAUCCUAUUCUCUUUCUCUCUCCAAUACACUCUUUCAAACGCAGAACAACAGGUUCUUCACAUCGCUCAAACUACGCUCUUCUUCUCACCAUUUCUCUCUCCUCCCCCUUCCAUUUCAUAGAAUUGCAUCCCGCUUUGUAGCUUUGGCAUCUUCUGCUGCUAUCGACACCAUUGAAGACCGUCUACCAGCUGAUAUCGAGGUCACAGAAACCCAAGAGCCCAACUCUACAGUUAAGUUGAGUGUGGAAGUUCCCCCUGUUGUAUGUGAGGAUUGCUACAAAAGGGUCAUAAAUGAGUUUAUGAAGAAGGCAAAGGUUCCAGGAUUUCGGCCGGGGAAGAAAGUUCCAGAGAGUAUUCUUACAAGUUAUGUUGGCAAGCAAAAUGUUCAAAAGGCUACAAUUGAAUCUAUUUUGAAGAGAACCCUUCCACAUGCCAUGACCUCUGUGACUGGAAGGGCUUUGAAGGACUCCAUUCGAAUUGCAACCAAUUUUUCUGACAUGGAAAAGUCUUAUUCUUCUCUGAACUCCUUGAGAUAUGAUAUCAUAGUCGAUGUGGCACCAGAAGUAAAAUGGAUCCCUGAGAAUGGGUACAAGAAUUUGAAAGUAGUGGUGGAGAUAGACAGUGACAUAGAUGCUCAGAUAGCUUCUGAACAGGAGCUAAGACGUCGCCACAAGUCUUUGGGUUCGUUGAGAAUUGUAACUGACAGAGGACUACAGGUUGGUGAUGUGGCAGUCCUUGAUAUAUCAGCGACCACAAUUGAGCAGGAUGAAUCAAAAGUUCAAAAAAUUCCAUCUGCAGAGAGCAAAGAAGAUAGAGAUAAAGUUCUUCCAGGCUUUGUUGAUUCUAUAAUUGGAAUUCAUCGAGGUGAAACAAAAUCCUUUCCACUUGUAUUUCCUGAAUCAUGGAAACAAGAAAAUCUUCGUGGUGUUCAUGCUCAAUUUACAGUUGAGUGCAAAGAACUCUUUUAUCGAGAUUUGCCUGAGUUGGAUGACUCUAUUUCUGAUAAACUUCUUCCUGGAUGCACCACCCUUGAGCAGGUCAAGCAAUCUUUACUUCAAAAAUGCCUAGAAGUGGAGCAAACAGCAAAAGAACAAGCAACAGAUAAUGCCAUUCUAGACCAGCUUCGCAAGAUGAUAGAAGUUGAUAUUCCUCGAUCUUUGUUGGAGGAACAAGGUAGGCAGUUUUAUGGAGCUCAACUUCUACAAAUACAGGGAAACAUGAAACUUACUGAACAACAGUUGGCAACUUUAUCAAGUCCAAAGGCAGUAAAUGAGUAUCUGGAAAACCAGCAGGAGAAUAUAACAAAUGUGAUAAAGCAAAAUCUUGCUGUUGGAGACAUAUUUAAACGUGAAAAUUUGCAGUUUUCAACAGAAGAGCUGGCCAAGGAGGUUGAAACCUCGAUUGCUGAAUUUAAACGUCAUAAACAAGAAUAUGAUGAGGAGCGUGUGAGAGAACAGGUGCAAGAGAUACUGGAGGGAGCAAAAGUGCUGGAAUGGUUGAGAGAACAUGCGGAAAUUCAAUACACGACGACGAGGUGA